AUGUCUAGUACAAACCAUUCAUCGGAUCUCUUGAACGUGAACGGCAAGAACAAAGCACUUGAUGAGCUUGUCAAUACCAACAGUAAUGCAAACAAAAGCAACAAAAGCAUCAAUGACAUUUCAUCCAUGUUGAUUGAUUCAGAGAGCAAAAAGACAUUUCCGGUUGGACAAAGCGAUAUUUUAUCCAGAGUACAAGCCUUUUUACCUCAAUUGAAGAAUGCCAAUGAACAGCUCAAAAAAUCAGAUCCGUCUAAAUUAGACAUUGAAAAUGUGGAUGAAGAAGACGGCCAAUACAUUGAAAUGAAUCUUGGAUUGGGUGUUUACGAGGAAAAGAAGCCAGGACAAUUGGAUAGCGAAGAUGAUGAGGAUGAGGAUAGUGAUGAGGAGAAAUUGAUUAUACCCAAUAGUGCACCUGUUGAAAAAUCAAAGAAGCCUUCGAUUGAAAUGCUGGAUGAAUAG